AUGGCAGAGGCUGAGCGGCCGCCGCACGGAACGGCUCGGUGCAGGCGGCCGGCCGGCGGCUCCAGCGGCCCCUACUUCACCGGAGCUUCCGAAGCCCCGGGCGGCGGGGGCGCAGGCUGGCCCGGAGGCUCCGGAGCUCCGCGAGAGGGCGGCGCGUCUACCUGGGGCGCUGCCGCGGGGCCGCCGCUCAUCUCCCCGCCCCCGGGCGGCUCGGCGGGGCCGACUCGCGCAGCUCGGGUCGGGGCCGCGCGGGGAGCGGCGCCGUCCUCGCGCCGGCCACGCCCGCAGCUCCAGGCCGGCUACCCGGGUCUGACAGGUUUGGGGCCGGGCGCCGGGGGCCACCGCCUCUCCCCGCCCUGCGCGAGGCCGCGCGCGUGCGCCGGAGCGGCCGCAGGCGAGGAGCGCGAAGGAGGGGUCGGCAGGAGCACACGCAGGCCCGCUGCGCAGGGCUGCGGCGCCCGCGAGGGGAGGGGCAGGGGCGCGCACGCCGCAGCCCCCGCCCGUGCCUCCCCAGUCCCGGCGGCGGAGCCCCGCGCGCCUGCCUCUGCCGGAGGGGCACUCACAGGGAUACACCCCUGUCUCCGGCGCAGCCUUGCCACCCCAGGCGGAGAAGCAGGAGCGGAUGAAGCCGGGCCUGCGGACAAAGAGGGGAUGAAAGCUGUCAGCUUCAUAUGGACAAGGGUUGGUGAUGUGACACACAACUACAGGGAGUCUAAUAAUCUCUUCUUUUUGUGGAUUGCUCUGGUAACAGAGAAGCUGGAGAUUCUGUUUAACCCCUCUUCCAAGGGGAGGGGAAGAACACAGAGUAGUAAGAGAAUUGCCCAAGGAGAGGGACGUUUCCUUCUUGGACAAAGAGGACAUAAAGGAGAGAGCCAUGUCAAUAUAUCCCGCCAGGCAAACCAACAUGUGAGCCAAAACCUACACUAAACAAGUUCAUUGUUUUCACACCUUUGUUUUUAUCUUC